AGGGCAGCCAAGCCUUUCACGGACUUUCAAUUGGCCCGGUCCACAUCGAACCGUCGAAAGUCUCCGUAGUAUUCAACUCUCCCUUUUUCUUCUUUACUUCCAUUUCCGCCUCUCCAGUCUCAAUGCAGCACAAAUCUCCAUCAUCAAUGUAACACUUCACCAAUUUCUCCUUUCUUCCAUGGCUGCCCUUCGCAAGCUACUUCCUUCUCGCACAUUCCAUUUUUACCAUCGCAAUUCCAUUACUUCGCCUUCCUCUCCUAUUAAAGGAUUUCUAGAAAGUUUACGGUAUUUGGGUGAUCAGAAAGUACUGAAAAUCGAAGAUGUCAUGAUCGAUGAUGAUGUUGAGAAAAUUCGGCGUGAAUUUGAUGCUGCUAAGCAUAGUUUCCUCAAAAUUCCUCAGACUCUCAAUUUUAUGCCUAAGAUGAAUCCUGAAGGGAUUUAUGUGAACAAGAAUUUACGAUUGGACAACAUUCAAGUCUAUGGGUUUGACUAUGAUUAUACACUAGCACAUUACUCAGCUAAUUUACAGACUUUGAUUUAUGACCUUGCCAAGGAACAUUUAGUCAAUGAGCUUAGGUAUCCAGAUAGCUGCUUGAAGUUCAAGUAUGACCAUAGCUUCCCUAUUAGAGGCUUAUAUUAUGACAAGCUAAAAGGGUGUCUAUUAAAAUUGGAUUUUUUCGGGUCAAUUGAGCCAGAUGGAUGCUACUUUGGACGUCGUAAGCUUAGGAGGGAGGAGAUAAUUGAGAUAUAUGGAACAAGACAUAUUGGUCGUCACCAAGCACGAGGACUUGUUAGUUUGAUGGAUUUCUUCUGCUUUAGUGAGGCCUGCUUGAUCGCAGACAUUGUGCAACAUUUUGUUGAUGAAAAGUUGGAAUUUGAUGCUUCUUAUGUAUAUCAUGAUGUCAACCAUGCAAUUCAGCAUGUUCAUAGAAGUGGAGCCGCUCAUAAGGCAAUCCUUUCUGAUCCUCAGAGAUAUCUUGUUAAAAAUGGCCAGAUGUAUUACUUUCUAAAGAUGCUAAGGGAGAAAGGAAAGAAACUAUUCUUGCUAACCAAUUCACCUUAUUAUUUUGUCGAUGGUGGGAUGCGCUUUCUAUUGGAGGAUUCUUUGGGUUUUGGUGACUCUUGGAAAGAACUUUUUGAUGUAGUCAUUGCCAAAGCUAACAAGCCAGACUUUUAUACUUCAGAGCGACCAUUCCGAUGUUAUGAUACAAGCAAGGACACACUAGCAUUCUCCAAGGUGGAUACGUUCCUUCCCAAAAAAGUAUAUUACCAUGGGUGCCUCAAAUCCUUCCUUCAAAUUACAAAGUGGCAUGGUCCAGAGGUCAUAUAUUUUGGUGACCAUCUGUUUAGUGAUCUUAGAGGGCCUUCAAAGGCAGGGUGGCGUACUGCUGCUAUCAUUUAUGAACUGGAAAAUGAAAUACGAAUUCAGAAUGAAGAUGAUUACCGUUUUGAGCAGGCAAAAUUUCACAUUAUCCAAGAACUUCUUGGUAGGUUGCAUGCAACUGUUAUUGAUUCUCACAAAAGUGAAGCCUACAAGUCUCUUAUGGACGAACUCAAUGAAGAGAGGCAAAAGUCACGCUGCACGAUGAAAAAUAUGUUUAACAAAGCUUUCGGAGCAACUUUUCUCACUGACACUGGUCAAGAAUCCUCGUUUGCCUAUCACAUCCAUCAGUACGCAGAUGUUUACACCAGUAAGCCAGAAAAUUUCUUGUUCUAUCCACCUGAAGCCUGGCUUCACGUACCCUUUGAUGUUAAAAUCAUGCCACAUCACGUGAAGGUACCUUCUAGCUUCUUCAAGACGUAGGUUGGAGGCGUUCCUUUCAGAUUUAGGACCGGUCUUUUUAGCUGACCUCAAAUUUUGUUCUUCUGAAGUCUACUAGCUCACCCCAAAUUGGUUUUCCUUUUUGGAUGGAAGUUGUAAUUUUCAAUAUCCCAAUUCAAUUUUGGGCAUGUACUUUUUUUCUAUUCCUACUAAAUGAUAACAAUUAAUUUUGCCUCAGAUGUCUAAAUGUCAUUUUGGAAAAUUUAUGAAUAUAAUAUGAGUUCUUAAAUUUUUUUUUAUUCUU